UGCACCGGCGGGAACGAUCGUGGCCUUCCCCGUGUCUGCCUUCAUUAUCGAGACGAUGGGCUGGGAAGCGGUGUUCUACCUGCAGGGAACUCUCGCCCUUCUGUGGUGCAUCGGCUGGUACUACGUCGUCACCGAUUCGCCGAAGGACUUCCACUGGAUCUCCGACGACGAGAAGCAGUACAUCACCUCCUCCAUCGGCAUCAGCAAGAAUAAGAAGACUCCGCCCACCCCAAUAAAACAGAUGCUGACAUCACUUCCGGUGUGGUCCGUGAUCAUCUCCGCCGUGGGAAAUAAUUGGGGAUUCUACACCUUGCUGACUAUCGUGCCACAGUACAUGAAGACCAUCAUGCACAAAGACAUUAAGACGAACGCGAUGCUGUCAGGCCUGCCAUAUGUGGGCAUGUGGGCGUGGUCUCUGGCCGCAGGCGUGGCUGGUGAUUGGUUAAUGAGAAGAAGGAACGUCCGUACUGUUGUAAUCAGGAAGACUGCCAACACCAUAGCUAACGUGGGCCCGGCGCUGUGCCUGUUGGGCCUCCUCUUCGUAAAGUGCGACUGGUGGGCCACCGUGGCGCUCAUGUCCCUCGCCGUCACGGCCGUCGGGGCCAUCUACUCAGGCCACUACGUCAACCCCAUCGACCUGGCGCCCAACUUCGCCGGCACUAUGAGUGGCAUUGUCAACACGGUUGGAAAUGUGCCCGGGUUCCUGGCGCCCUUGGCGGCUGGGUACAUCACCGAUAAGCAGUCGACGCUGACGCAGUAUAGGAAGGUGUUCAUCAUCGCCGCCGUCGUGUACAUCGUGGACGCGAUCGUCUUCCUGCUGUUCGCAUCGGGAGAGGAGCAGAGCUGGAACUCCAUGCCCGAGGUCGCCGACCCAGAGAGCGGAGGCGCCUCUGAAACCACGCAGCAGAAGGGCGGCUCCGGAGACUCGUUCAAGGAGAGCGGGGUACUCAAAGGUGUCUUCGUCCAGAGUGACCUCAGGGAAGAUGUUGUAUCCCAGCAGAAGGAGAGGCACGAGGGGAAGGGGGCGCCGCGAGGCAGCAGGAAGGCCGUCCUGCAGAGCAAACCCUCAGGGGACGGCGCAGGACACACCAACAAGGCCUACUGCUCCACUGAGGGAGAAUAAACAAGGGUAAACUCCUUCAGGUACUUGGGUCUAUAUUAUGCUCUGUGCUUGGCCCAAGGCGUGGCAGACGCUGUCUUUUGCUUACCUGUUAACUGUAUCUGCCUUUUUAUAUUGUAGUGUCAGUGUAUGCUAUGAGUAGCUUUCUUUCCUUUCCUGAGAUAUAACUUUGCCAGAAGAUAUUUAUUUAAACAUAUUCUAAAAAAAAACUUUUAUGUUUACAUCCGUCCAGUCAAAUGUUGGCGAAUAAAACAAUCAAAUUUCAACGUAUUUAACCAAAAGGAGAUUAAUUCCAGAGGCUGAAUAUUUGAUAACAUAGCAACCGGCAACAAAUUUUCAAAGCACUGCUUUUUGUCACAAAUUAUCCUUAAUCCCUCUUGGAAUAAACCAGAUUCAAGCGUCCAUUUAAUCCUUUGGGUAUAAUACACUGACAGAGAGUUAAUCCUACAAAUCCUGCCAAUGUAAAUAACUUACAUAAAGGGGAAAGAGGUGGUCCUGUUGUACAUCAACUGCCAAUCGGUAACACUUGUGAAUGCAUAGAAUUGCCAUUGCUUCGUCUACUGACUAAAUACACAAGGAAUUUCAUUUAGUCAGCAAACGCGAGGCUUCAGUGUAAUCAUCUUUAUUCAGGUCUCGGGAUAUCUGCAGUAUAUCUAUAUCUUUUAUUUUAAUCACUUUACCGGUGAAUGAAAGAGUAGUAUUUGCCAAAAGGUAAAAGGUGAAAAGUAAAAGAUUCCUUACCUAUACCCUCAACUAGUUUUAAGUAAAGAUAUCUUCAGUAGUUCCUUGCCUAAGUUUUAUAAGUUUACUCAAGUCCUCCACUGAGUCCUCUCUUUUCUUGCUUUCUACUCAAAUGCUGGUGAUGCUCUCUGAAUACCUAAUGAACUCAAUUAUUUAAUAUCUAUCUAUAUAUAUAUUAAUGUAUGAACAAACAGAAAGAAAUACCCACAUUUACAUAUUUAGACAUAAAUACAAACAUAGAUUUGUAUUUUUAAUUAUUCCUAUGUGAAUAAAUGUAUUUAGUACCUGCACAUGAAACAUAUGAAACUUGAAAAGUUUCAAAAACUUCAGUACUCAUACUUUUAUUGUUAGUUCACUUUCUGUGAGAGUGAAAUCAUAAUGGUGUCAGGCAGGCUGAACGUCCGAUAAACUAUUCACACCGUGUUUGACGUUCAAACUCUUUUUGUGUGUAAAAAUCAAAAGAAUCAUUUCACUGGUUUGAUUGCAUUCUCUCUUUUGAAGAUAGUUGCGUGCACAGGGAUAUAGAAGUAAAGAAUGUCGCUAAAUUUCCAAAGCAAAUUUGCUCAUUCACAAACUUAUACAAC